GCUUCGGCGCCCGCCAUGUUGUGUGGCCCUUUCGGGCGGCCGGGCCAGGCCAGGCGCCAGGGCCGGGGAUGGCGGCGUCCUCGACCUCCUCCUCGUCCUCCUCCUCCUCCUCCCCCCCUCCCCAGUCCAGCAACUGGCUCUCCGGGGUGAACGUGGUGCUGAUCAUGGCCUACGGGAGCCUGGUCUUUGUGCUACUCUUCAUAUUUGUCAAGAGGCAGAUCAUGCGCUUCGCCAUGAAGUCCCGCCGCGGCCCCCAUGUGCCAGUUGGGCAGCACGCACCAAAGGGCCUGAAGGAGGAGAUUGACAUCCGACUAUCACGGGUUCAGGACAUCAAGUAUGAGCCCCGGCUGCUGUCCCACGACGACACUCGCCUCCUUCAAUUGGAGUCGCCUCGAAGCCCAUUUUGCUAUAACUACAUGUACAGGAUGAAGGCCUUGGAUGCCAUCAGGGAUUCAGAGAUCCCCUUCUCCUCUGAAGGCAGGCACUCCAGAUCCUUGAUCGGGAAGAACUUCCGGGCCUACCUGGUGGACCUUCGGAACUCCAGCACCCCCUUCAAAGGCGUCCGCAAGACUUUGAUUGACAUACUCCUGGAUGGGUACGAGAGCGCCCGUUACGGCACAGGGACUUUCGGGAAGACGGAAUUCCUCAAGUACCAGGAAGCUCUGUAUGAGCUGGCGGCAAUCAUCAAGGCCCGAGGAGGCAGCAGCCAGCGGCAGCACCAGUCCGCAGCUAAGGACCUGACCCUCUCGCCUGACCUUUCCGGCCCAACCACCAUCCAGGUCACCUACCUACCUUCCAGCCAGAAGAGCAAGAGAGCCAAGCACUUUCUGGAGCUCAAGAGCUUUAAGGACAACUACAACACGCUGGAGAGCACCCUGUGAUCCUCACCCUCCAUGCACAAUGGGGCCAGGGCUUUCUCCCUUCUCA